AUGACUCACAGAAUUGAUCUUAUCCUGCCCUUAGGGCAAACAUUUUUUCUUCCUUUAGAUCAAAAUAUAAUAGGCAAAGAUGUUGCAGAUUUCUUAGGCAAUUUCGCGCUAAAAGAUUAUGUCAUUUGUAGAAAUUCAAAAAAUUCAAAUUCAUAUGAAGUUAUUUUCUCAACGGAUACAACGAAAGUUCCCCAAUCAGAAACAGUUACAGAAAACUUUCUAACUUCUUCUAUAAGCUCGUAUUUUGUUUCAGAUGAAAACAUUACAUCGAAAAACGAAAGAAUGCCAUUAUUUGUAUUCAACCUCAAAGAAUUCCAAGUACAAAAUGCUAUUCUUACAUCAAAUAUUCCAUUAUCAAGUUUUACACGUAAACACAAAAGAGUCGUUCUUAAUAUCCGAUUUCCAACAGGACUGUGCAUAACUGUAGAGUCAAAAUUAACAAAAACAGUUGGGUCUAUCCAAAAGCAAGCGUACGACCAACUUCUUGAACUUUAUGACGAAAAAUCAAUUCGAAACCAAAAAGCUUACAGACUUGGAACGAUAAAUGAAGAUUAUCCAUCAAAGAAACUUAAGUUAUCAGAAUCUCCAGAAAUGAUGAAUGCGAUUAAGGCUCAAAUCCAAGAUCCGUCGCAGCCUCAAUUUAUUCUUAUUCAAGCUGCGCCGAAGACUGAUUUUUCGAAGGCCGCAGAACAAUAUGUACAAGAUCUUGACCUAAAAGCUAUCAUGCAAACACCAGAAAUACUCACUUUUAAUUCUGCAUUUUCUGAUCUCAGAAAAGAAGUUCAAUCGGCUAG